CUAGUAAGCUAGAAAGCUAGUAAUAAUAGCUUUGUGUAAACAGAACUAGCUUUGUUUUUAAGCUAGCAAGCUAGGGAAUAUUUUAAUAAGCUAGCGUGUCAAGCCAGGCAAGUUUAAUAGGAUUGCGUUCUAUUUUUUUUGAGCUAGCACACCUCCCACCACUGAAUUUACUAUCUUAGUGUUCUAUCUCCGUGUAGACGGCAAAGCUAGUACAUGAUCGGCUAGCGCAGUGUUCACGCUUUUUAUUACGCCACGUGGUUUAUUAAAUGUGAAUCGGUAUUGUUGCUGUAGGUUUUUUUAUACGUCAAAAUGCCAAAAUUAAGUGGUGAUCUUAAUUUAAAGUUUGUAGAAUUAUAUCACGAAGAAGAAUGUCUAUGGAAUGCCAGUAUUCCAUCGUAUAAAAAUAAAUCUAUGCGUGAUACAUCACUACAAAAAAUAUGUGCAGAAUUGAAUACAAUCGGCAUACAAGUGACAGUUAAUGAAGUAAAAAAUAAAAUUAAAAAUUUAAGAGCAACAUACUGUCAAAUGUCAACAAUUGAAAAAUCAACCAGGUCCGGUGCAGGUGCUA